UUCACGGCUUCGCCGGUAGUUUUUGCUGAAUGGAGGAGUUUCUCUACGAUGACUACUACGAGGACUACCCGGAGGAAGUGGAGGACAGAGUGCCGGUGGGCUGGGGACUGGAGGGCGCUUGGGAGGGAUGCAUGGUGCCCGUUGCCAUGCAAAUGGGCACAGCAGUUGGCGUCAUUCUCACAAUAAGCGCCUUUUAUCGUGUCAGCAGUUCACUUUUGAGCACUCGAAGUCCCUUCUGGCGAGACCUCAUCAGCACCACUCUUGGCGUCGCGCUGCUCACACUCAUUAUAGGACCCAAUGGAGUUUGGGUGGCUGCAAUCGCAUUCCUCCACGUUAUCCUUCUGAAGUGCGUCCAGAGAAGGAUCAUCUCGAGUGCAGUGCACACUGGAGUGGGUCUGGUGGCGCCCAUUCUCUUCGAAUUCCUAGACUCAGACGCUGAUCGAUGGCAGCAGAUAAGAGGCGUGAACAUGGGCAUCGCCAUGAAAGGAAUCUCCCUGGCCUUUGACGGAGGCUGUGUGCCUUGGUACACGGCUGUUGGAUACAUAAUGCACCCGCCAGCACUUAUAUUCGGACCCUGGCGGCCACUGGAGGACUACACAGCAGCCCCCAGACGAGCUCUGUGGAGUGUUCAAGACGCUCUCUCUGGCCUCUGGUCGCUCUUUGUGGCCACUUUCACACUCCUGACGUCAAAUUGUCUCGUGGCAUCUCUGGUGCCUUCAUCCUGGCGAUGGCUGGAAGCCUACAGAGACGCCUUGUCCUUCCGCCUGGGUCACUACUUCGUCAGUCACGUUGCCAGAGCUUCCCUGAUAGUUGCAGCCUCAGACACGCGUCCCAUCGUUCACGCGUUGGCGACAGAAGUGCCCAGAUCUCUUGUGGACGUCGCUGUGGCUUGGAAUCUUCCCAUGCACGCCUGGCUGAAGCGAUACAUCUUCGAUCCUUGUCGGAAUCGAGGAGCUGUCUUUGCGCUCAUCAUCACCUACCUCAUCUCAGCUCUUCUCCACGGCCUGAGUCCACCUCUGUCGGCUGUCCUCAUGCACUUGGCCGUCGCUUCCUGGGCAGAGUUCACAGUCCGUCGAAAGAUCUCCUCAGUGUUCGGCGCCUGCAUCGCGGCCAGGAAGUGCAGCAACUGCAAGCACAGCAACAGUGGCUUCAGGACAAUUGCCAUCAACAUCCUCUUUGGCGCAAUUGCUCUGCUGCAACUCACAUACUUGGGCGCCUUGUUUGAUGGAACGCAGCACACCUCAAUUGCAUCCGCAGCUGUGGCGGUGUGGGACAAGUGGCGGCUCUUGGGCUUCGCAGGACACUGGAUCCUGGCAGGAGCUGUGGUAUUUCACAUUGCAUCGUAAACCAGAAU